AUGGAUGAAGAAGAACUAGAAGAUGAUCCUUUUAGUUCUGCCGCUUAUGCCGAUGAUAAUGAUCGACUCACUAUAUCUUAUCGAGGAAAGGCCUGGGUUUUUGAUUCUGUUUCACCUGACAAUGUACGAGCUGUGAGGUCGUUAUUAGGUGGAUAUGAAGUGCCUAGUUUUGGAUUGACUACUGCUCCUCUAAGUGUUGAUCAGACUCAAAAGGGCGGUGAUAGUGAUCAUCUUCCAGGACGUUUCAACCAGCAAGAGAGGGCCGUUGCCUUGAACAGAUAUCGCGAGAAAAGGAAUCAUCGUUGCUUUGACAAGAAUAAAAUUCGAUAUUCAGUUCGCAAAGAAGUUGCCGAAAGGAUGCAGCGUAAAAAGGGUCAGUUUGCAUCCUCGAAGCCCACUCCAACAGAAUCUGCAUUCGGGUCUUCUUCAAAUGCUCUGGUACCAUUUGAACAACUAGAAACUAUGUGCACACACUGCGGUACCGGUUCAAACAACACUCCGAUGAUGCGUGGUGGACCUCAGGGACCGAGGUCUCUAUGCAAUGCGUGUGGGCUUAGGUGGAAAAGCAAGGGAACUUUGACAGAUCUUCCAAGAACUGUAACUGCAGCCAUGAACAAAUCUGCGAGCCAAGAUGAGGCUAAAGUUGAUGGUGAUGGCGGAGGUGGUGAAAUGGGAUGCACUAGUCAGGCACUUGACAUUGUUCCUUCCCCACAAACACCACAUGAGGAAUACAACUUUGCAUGCUUAUUGACGGACAAAAAGACGGAAGAUGGAUGGAUGUGCAGCCGAACAAAUGGAUAG